CAGCACGCAGCGUCACUACGUCACCGGCCAACAUGGCGGCGCCGCUGCCUGGCAGAUGCGGGUUCUUCGUGGAGAAGAAGAAACGUUUCUGUAAAAUGAUCGUCGCGAGAGGAAAAGUGUUCUGCGGAGAGCACGCGACCCAGGAGGAAGGAGGCAGCAGCAGGAGGAUCGUGUGUCCUCUGGACCCCAAACACACUGUGAGUGAAGACAAGCUGGACAAACAUCUGAAGAAAUGUAACUCCAGAGAGAAGCCGAAGCCGGUUUACUAUGUGGAGAACAUCAACUCUGGACCAGCUGAUGGAGACGAGACCCUCCCUGAGGUGAGUCUGUGUGAGCGUAGCCAGUCAGAGCUUCAGUCUCUGUUGGACAAACUGAAGAUGGCCGUCUCAGGUCUGCAGUGGGAGGUGGAGGACGGCGUUCUGUCUCAUCCCGUCCUCCAGGAGGAACUCAACAACCCAAAGAACGGAGACUCCGCCCACAAACACCUCAGGCAGCAGUCGUCCAUCUUAGGUCACCUGGAGGCGCUGGGGCUGCUGGGAAGGGGGCGGUGCUUCGUGGAGUUUGGAGCCGGGCGAGGGAAACUGUCUCACUGGAUCCACGAAGCCCUGAAGAGCCCGGAGACCCAGGAGACCCGAGAGACCCAGGAGGAUCUGCAGAUUCUGCUGGUGGAGCGCUGCAGCACUCGCUUCAAGGUGGACGGGAAACAUCAGGACGCUGGAGUUGAGUUUGAGAGGCUGCAGGUCGACAUUCAACAUCUGGAUCUGAGUAAGGUGCCGCUGCUCCGUCAGAAGAAGCUCCCGCUGGUCGGAGUCGGGAAACACCUGUGUGGAGCAGCAACAGAUCUGGCUCUACGCUGUCUGAUGGAGACUCCUGGACCCACAGAGCAGAUAGAACCGCCCCCCAAACGCCUCAGAACCUCAGAACCAGACGCUGGUCCCGGUGUGGCGGGCCCAGACAUUCUGGCCGGUCCCGGCCCGGUUCUGGGCGUGGCGGUGGCGCUGUGCUGCCACCACCGCUGCGAGUGGCGCCACUACGUGGGCCGGAGGUUCUUCCUGCAGCGAGGACUCGGAGCCAGAGAGUUCUCGGCCUUCUGCCGCAUGUCCAGCUGGGCCACCUGUGGACUCAGACCGGCCAAUCAGGACGCUCCCCCUCAGGAUCAGGAGCCCACCAAUCAGAGAGGAGAAGAAGAGCAUGAACCAGCAGAGGAGGCGGACGCUGUGAGCGGGUUUCUGACGGCGGCCGUGCGCGAGCAUGUGGGCCGGCUCUGUAAACAGCUGAUCGACAGUGGCCGGCUGGACUUCCUGGAGACACACGGCUUCACCAGCAAACUGACUCGCUACGCCAGCAGUCAGCUGACUCUGGAGAACGUCCUGCUGACUGCUGUCCCACAGGCCCCGCCUCCAUCCUGACAGACAGACAGGCAGGGAGACAGACAGACAGACACUUUCUGUCUUCUGAGAUUAAAGACCAAACAGGAAACAGACUCAACCUGAGUUUGUACAAAAGCGUUUUUAUUUGAAGUUAAAUUAAAUUGUGUUGAGACGUUAAAGAGUUUUAACUUCUGCAGAAAUGAAAUGACUCAAAGACAUGACCUCAUAACGUUCAUAAACAGAUUUCAGAUGGAGAAACAUGAAUGAAUGAAUGAAUGAAUGAAGAGUCUUCUCCAGCAGAAGAAAAGCAGAGGGACAGAUAGUAGUUUGCUGAGUCAUCAUUUGGUUCUGAAAGGACUACAAACUCCAGAAGCACUACAGACUGAGACAGGAAACCCAGAGACUCAGCCUGACUUUGUACAGAAGGUUUUUUAUUUGGAGUUAAAGUGAACGUGUGUUGACAUGUUUUUCAUUAAAGUGUUUCUACAUGUUCA